UGGUUUUAUACAGCCAUGUUGGCGCUGACAGUCUGCUCGUCUGCGCCAACAUGGCGGAUGAAAUGGCAAAGGCGCAGGCUGCCCAGCCGGGCGGAGACACGAUAUUUGGGAAAAUCGUACGCAAAGAGAUUCCUGCCAACUUAAUCUAUGAAGACGACCAGUGUGUGGUGUUCCCUGAUAUUUCUCCUCAAGCUCCCACUCACCUCCUUGUCGUCCCAAAAAAGCCAAUUGUUCAGCUGUCACAAGCAGAGGAAAGUGAUGCUGCAUUGUUGGGCCACCUGAUGAUCGUUGCAAAGAAGUGUGCUCAGGAGGCGGGCCUGUCUAAAGGCUACAGGAUUGUCAUUAAUGAUGGACCUGAAGGAGGCCAGUCGGUCUACCACAUCCACGUCCACGUCCUUGGGGGACGCAUGAUGGCGUGGCCCCCUGGCUAACCUUCAUCUCCCAGCACAGACCAUCCUGCCAUCAUUGUUCACGUCUGUGGUCCAACAACAGUGAUGUUAAAUUUCGACUUAAACAGUUUGUCAUGUGAAACGUGAGUCAAAUCAAAACCUGGAAAUUCACCAAUGAUAAUAAAAUGCACUUCACAACAA